CUGGGUGGGAGCGGCCUGUGUGUCCCCACCCCGCCUCCCCCAGCGCCUGCUGAGCCGCGACGACAGACGACGGCAAGCGAGGCGGAGCUAGCAUGGCCGGGGCCGGGGCCGCUGCGCUGUCCCUUCUCCUGCAGCUCGGGGGCCUGGCGCUGGCCGUGGGCGCGGGCGCGGGAGGUGGGACUGUCCCCAAGGAGCCCCCUGGGCAGCAGACACCUGUCCACUCCUCAGCCCCUUCUGGGGACCCCCAGGAGCAGUGGCUCCCCCUGCGAGAGUGGCUGGGGCGGCUGGAGGCUGCAGUGGUGGAGCUCAGAGAACAGAAUAAGGACCUGCAGAUGAGGGUGAGGCGGCUGGAGUCCUGUGAGUGCCACCCUGCAUCUCCCCAGUGCUGGGGGCUGGGGCGUGCCUGGCCCGAGGGGGCGCGCUGGGAGCCUGACCCCUGCACAGCCUGCAUCUGCCAGGAUGGGACCGCUCACUGUGGCCCCCAAGCCCACCUGCCCCAUUGCGGGGGCUGCAGCCAGAAUGGCCGGACCUACGGCAACGGGGAGACCUUCUCCCCAGACGCCUGCACCACCUGCCGCUGUCUGGAAGGGACCAUCACCUGCACCCCGAAGCCAUGUCCAAGAGGACCCUGCCCUGAGCCAGGAGCGUGCUGCCCGCACUGUGAGCCAGGCUGUGAGUAUGAGGGGCAGCUUUAUGAGGAGGGGAGCACCUUCCUAUCCAGUUCCAACCCUUGUCUGCAGUGCACCUGCCUGAGGAGCCGAGCUCGCUGCAUGUCCCUGAAGUGCCCGCCCAGCCCCUGCCCACAGCCAGUCCUGAGGCCUGGGCACUGCUGCCCGACCUGCCAAGGCUGCACAGAAGGUGGCUCUCACUGGGAACACGGCCAAGAGUGGACCACACCGGGGGACCCCUGCCGAAUCUGCCAGUGCCUGGAGGGUCACAUCCAGUGCCGCCAGCGAGAAUGUGCCAGCCUGUGUCCGUACCCAGCCCGGCCCCUCCCAGGCACCUGCUGCCCUGUGUGUGAUGGCUGUUUCCUAAACGGGCGGGAGCACCGCAGCGGGGAGCCCGUGGGCUCAGGGGACCCCUGCUCGCACUGCCGCUGCGCUAACGGGAGUGUCCAGUGUGAGCCUCUGCCCUGCCCGCCAGUGCCCUGCAGACACCCAGGCAAGAUCCCUGGGCAGUGCUGCCCUGUCUGCGAUGGCUGUGAGUACCAGGGACACCAGUAUCAGAGCCAGGAGACCUUCAGACUCCACGAGCGGGGCCUCUGUGUCCGCUGCUCCUGCCAGGCUGGCGAGGUCUCCUGUGAGGAGCAGGAGUGCCCAGUCACUCCCUGUGCCCUGCCUGCCUCUGGUCGCCAGCUCUGCCCAGCCUGUGUGCUGGAUGGAGAGGAGUUUGCUGAGGGAGUCCAGUGGGAGCCUGAUGGUCGGCCCUGCACCACCUGCGUCUGUCAAGAUGGGGUACCCAAGUGCGGGGCUGCGCUCUGCCCCCCAGCCCCCUGCCAGCACCCCACCCAGCCCCCUGGUGCCUGCUGCCCCAGCUGUGACAGCUGCACCUACCAUGGCCAAGUGUAUGCCAAUGGGCAGAACUUCACGGACGCAGACAGCCCUUGCCAUGUCUGCCGCUGCCAGGAUGGAACUGUGACAUGCUCCUUGGUUGACUGCCCUCUCACGACCUGUGCCAGGCCCCAGAGUGGACCGGGCCAGUGUUGCCCCAGGUGCCCAGACUGCAUCCUGGAAGAAGAGGUGUUUGUGGACGGUGAGAGCUUCUCCCACCCCCGAGACCCCUGCCAGGAGUGCCGAUGCCAGGAAGGCCAUGCCCGCUGCCAGCCUCGCGCCUGCCUCAGGGCCCCCUGUGCCCACCCGCUGCCUGGGACCUGCUGCCCGAACGACUGCAGCGGCUGUGCCUUUGGCGGUAAAGAGUAUGCCAGCGGAGCGGACUUCCCCCACCCCUCUGACCCCUGCCGUCUGUGUCGCUGUCUGAGCGGCAACGUGCAGUGCCUGACCCGCCGCUGCUCGCCGCUGCCCUGUCCAGAGCCUGUCCUGCUGCCGGGAGACUGCUGCCCGCUGUGCCCGGCCUCCCCGGCCCCCGCCGGCUGCCCACGGCCCGGCGCGGCCCCCGCCCGCCACCAGGAGUACUUCUCCCCGCCUGGCGAUCCCUGCCGCCGCUGCCUCUGCCUCGACGGCUCCGUGUCCUGCCAUCGGCUGCCUUGCCCGCCCGCGCCCUGCGCGCACCCGCGCCAGGGUCCUUGCUGCGCCUCCUGCGACGGCUGCCUGUACCAGGGGAAGGAGUUUGCCAGCGGGGAGCGCUUCCCAUCGACCACUGCCGCCUGCCACCUCUGCCUUUGCUGGGAGGGCAGCGUGAGCUGCGAGCCCAAGGCAUGUGCCCCUGCACUGUGCCCCUUCCCUGCCAGGGGCGACUGCUGCCCUGACUGUGAUGGCUGUGAGUACCUGGGGGAGUCCUACCUGAGUAACCAGGAGUUCCCAGAUCCCCGAGAACCCUGCAACCUGUGUACCUGCCUUGGAGGCUUCGUGACCUGCGGCCGCCGGCCCUGUGAACCCCCGGGCUGCAGCCACCCACUCAUCCCCUCUGGGCACUGCUGCCCGACCUGCCAGGGAUGCCACUACCAUGGCGUCACUGCUGCCUCCGGAGAGACCCUUCCUGACCCACUUGACCCUGCCUGUUCCCUCUGCACCUGCCAGGAAGGUUCCAUGCGCUGCCAGAAGAAGCCAUGUCCCCCAGCUCUCUGCCCCCACCCCUCUCCAGGCCCCUGCUUCUGCCCUGUUUGCCACAGCUGCGUCUCUCAGGGCCGGGAGCACCAGGACGGGGAGGAGUUUGAGGGAGCAGCAGGCAGCUGUGAAUGGUGUCGCUGUCAGGCUGGCCAGGUCAGCUGUGUGCGGCUGCAGUGCCCACCCCUUCCCUGCCAGCUCCAGGUCACCGAGCCGGGGAGCUGCUGCCCUCGCUGCAGAGGCUGCCUGGCUCAUGGGGAAGAGCACCCUGAAGGCAGUAGCUGGGUGCCCCCCGACAGUGCCUGCUCCUCCUGCGUGUGUCAUGAGGGUGUCAUCACCUGUGCACGCGUCCAGUGCAUCAGCUCUUGCGCCCAGCCCCACCAGGGGCCCCAUGACUGCUGUCCUCGAUGCUCUGAUACUGGAAGCCUGGGACGGGAGGGAAAAGACUGUGAGCAUGAGGGCCGGAAGUACGAGCCCGGGGAAAGCUUCCAGCCUGGGGCAGACCCCUGUGAAGUGUGCAUCUGCCAGCCACAGCCUGAGGGGCCUCCCAGCCUUCGCUGUCACCGGCGGCAGUGUCCCAGCCUGGUGGGCUGCCCCCCCAGCCAGCUCCUGCCUCCUGGGCCCCAGCACUGCUGUCCGACCUGUGCCCAGGCUUUGAGUAACUGUUCAGAGGGCCUGCUGGGAUCUGAGCUAGCCCCACCGGACCCCUGCUACACAUGCCAGUGCCAGGACCUGACAUGGCUCUGCAUCCACCAAACCUGUCCUGAGCUCAGCUGUCCCCUCUCAGAGCGCCACACUCCCCCUGGGAGCUGCUGCCCCGUGUGCCAGGAAUGUGUGGUGGAGGCCGAGGGCCGGAGAGUGGCAGAUGGAGAGAGCUGGAGGGACCCCAGCAAUGCGUGCAUCACCUGCAUCUGUCGUCGGGGCCAUGUGGAGUGCCACCUCGAGGAGUGCCAGGCCCUCUCCUGCCCCCAUGGCUGGGCAAAGGUGCCCCAGGCCGACAGCUGCUGUGAGCGAUGCCAAGCUCCCACCCAGUCCUGCGUGCACCAGGGCCGUGAGGUGGCCUCUGGAGAGCGCUGGACUGUGGACGCCUGCACCAGCUGCUCCUGCAUGGCGGGCACCGUGCGUUGCCAGAGCCGGCGCUGCUCACCGCUCUCGUGUGGCCCCGACAAGGCCCCUGCCCUGAGUCCCGGCAGCUGCUGCCCCCGCUGCCUGCCCCGGCCAGCUUCCUGCAUGGCCUUCGGAGACCCCCAUUACCGCACCUUCGACGGCCGCCUGCUGCACUUCCAGGGCAGUUGCAGCUAUGUGCUGGCCAAGGACUGCCACAGCGGGGACUUCAGUGUGCACGUGACCAAUGAUGACCGGGGCCGGAGCGGCGUGGCCUGGACCCAGGAGGUGGCGGUGCUGCUGGGAGAUGUGGCCGUGCGGCUGCUGCAGGGCGGAGCAGUCACUGUGAGCAAAGCCGAUGAGCAGAGGAAGGUGGAUCCCAUGCUGUCCACCCAUGUGCCUCGACAUCGCCCCUCCUCCCACCUCCUUUAUCCUCCAGGUGGAUGGGCGCCCAGUGGCCUUGCCCUUCCUGCAGGAGCCACUGCUGUAUGUGGAGCUGCGAGGACACACUGUGAUCCUGCAUACCCAGCCCGGGCUCCAGCACUGGCCGCGCUGAACACAGUGCCUGGGGCCAUAAUGGACCCUGAGCUUCUUCAGGCCCCUGUCCUUACCUGCUCCCCAGUCCCAGGCCUCUUCACACAGGUGCUGUGGGACGGGCAGUCCCAGGUGGAGGUGAGCGUGCCUGGCUCCUACCAGGGCCGGACUUGUGGGCUCUGUGGGAACUUCAACGGCUUUGCCCAGGAUGAUCUGCAGGGCCCUGAGGGGCUGCUCCUGCCCACAGAGGCUGCGUUUGGGAAUAGCUGGCAGGUCCCAGAGGGGCUGGGGCCUGGCCGGCCCUGUUCUGCAGGCCGAGAGAUGGAUCCGUGCCGGGCAGCAGGUUACCGUGCCAGGCGUGAGGCCAAUGCCCGGUGUGGGGUGUUGAAGUCCUCCCCAUUCAGUCGCUGCCAUGCUGUGGUGCCACCGGAGCCCUUCUUUGCCGCCUGUGUGUAUGACCUGUGUGCCUGUGGCCCUGGCUCCUCCGCUGAUGCCUGCCUCUGUGACGCCCUGGAAGCCUAUGCCAGUCACUGUCGCCAGGCAGGAGUGACACCUACCUGGCGAGGCCCCACGCUGUGCGGUGCAAAAGGGCUGCGGGUGUCCCCCGGGGCUGGAGCUGCCCCUUGUGCUGCUGCAGAUGGAGUGGAGCCGGCGGGCCCAGGAGCAGCUCCUGUGGGACUUGGAGCUGCUGACUGGUGUGGAGCUGGGCCUCUUCUGGCCACCCCAGGCCCAGUUUUUCAGUCCGAGGGGCCAGGCCCAGCAUGCAUGGAGCCAGCACUGUCAGCCAGGUGGUAGCACGGGUGGGGACCCCGAGCAGCUGGUGAGUGGGUGAGGGGGCACGGCGGGGACAGAGGUUCUGGGGACACUGGGGCCCUGCUGUGGUGAGGGCAAGUAGAAGGGGCACGGUUUUGGAGACAGGGCUGGGUUCGAAUCUCCAUGCUGAACCCCCUGUGGGCUCUGAGUCUACCUUUCCUCAGCUAGAAAAUGCCCAUGAGGCCGGGCACGGUGGCUCACGUCUGUAAUCCCAACACUUUGGGAGGCUGAGGCGGGCGGAUCACCUGAGGUUG